AUGAGCCAAGAGUAUGAAGACAGCUUUGUUGAGUUUUCGAAAAGGACGUUUCUGGCGCCGGAAACGGACCAGGACGAUGCCAGCAGUCUGUUCUCGACGGAUUCGGGGUAUUUGAUGGAUCUGGCGGACGCGUCUGACGACAGCGAGACGGUUUUGCCCAAAUCGGAUUUUCAUUCGCCAUACUACGUCAACGUUCCCACGCCAAGCCAUUCUGCCAUGGCUUCGGAUAUGUCGGAUUCGGGCCAGGAUCUCACAACAGGCUUUGUUCGAGAAUAUCCCACAGACAUCUUGCUGGACAGAUUCACGAAAUGGCGCAAAAUUCUCAAGGGCUUGGCCAACUACUUGCGUGAGAUAGCAUACGCCCAGGAACGGUUUGCACGCAUCAACUACGGGCUGCGUAGCAACGUCAAAUUCUCGUUUCUCACCGAUCUGGAAGAGUCUACCAACAGGGUCGUCGAUCCCUUCCAGCAGAGGGCCAAGAAGCCUGGCCAGCCGCAGCACAGUCCUGGAGGCCUCAGACACCAAGAUGACGAUUUGGGCCAACAGAACCCGAACGCGUCCUCGUCUGCGUCGACCACAGACUUUAAAGCAAGCAUGCCCGUGGCGCCCGGUGACAUGUCGUCUGCGUCGUCGGGCUUCAUGAAAUUUGGUUCUGGCUCCAUCGAAGACAUUCAGGUUGUGUUGAAAAAAUAUCACACUUCGAUCGGAAACCAGCAAAUCAAAAUGUCCAAAGAAUUGAGCACUGUGAUCGUUCCCAAGCUCGACGAUCUUCGCAAAGAUUUACAAUCAAAGAUAAAAGAAAUAAAAGAACUCCACAACGAUUUCAAGACCAACAUCGGAGAGCACAUUGCGCUAACCGGUCAACUGUUGCAAAAAUACAUGGCUGCUGUGAAAUACAUGUCCAGCAACGGAAGCAGUCAAAGUCUUCUGAAACUUAAGGGUCAAAAAUUGAAACCCAAGCACGAUCCUUACUUGCUUAAGCUUCAACUAGACCUGCAGUUGAAGCGUCAAUUGUUAGAGGAAAACUACCUCCAAGAGGCAUACAUCAACCUGCAGUCAUCGGGUUUGGAACUCGAAAAAAUUAUAUACGGUGAAAUUCAGCACACUUUGCAACGUUACUCCGCUUUGAUUAGUACAUCGGCCCGCAUUUCCAUCAGCAACCUGUGCAAUGAACUUCAUCAGGGUUUGUUGAGUAAGCCACCUGCUGUGGAAUGGGACCACUUUGUUGGUCACCAUCCAAAAUGCUUGAUAAAUUGGAGAUCUACGGAUCCUAUACCGCAGCCUCGAAAACUAUCAGAUAUUCGUUACCCAAGGAUGAAAUCAGCUAUGGCCAAAUGCAUCAAAGCUGGUUAUCUUUUGAAAAAGUCUCAGGUCUUGAAAAACUAUAACAAAGGCUACUACGUUUUGACCAGCAAUUAUCUGCAUGAAUUCAAAUCCAGCAAUUUCUUCAAGCUUUCCCAAGAACCCUCAGAAAAGAAAGAUCACGGUGAAGUGCAUGCAGGUGGCAAGAAAAGGGCAAUGGCUCCGGUUAUGAGUCUCCAUUUGAAUAGUGCAAAAGUGGUUGAGGUCAGUGACAACAAAUUCAGUGUCCGUGGAACUAUAUGCACAAGUAAUUUUGACAAAAAGUCAACCGAAACUGGCAAAAUGAUCUCAAAGUCUACCUCUUCGAUCCAAAAGUUUUUAAAAAGCGGGCCGAAACCUCCAGGGCACAAAAAAGAUUCACAUUUGAGUUCUAACUCCGGACCUUACGGUGAGGGAGCAGUAGAGAAGGAUGAGAGCUUUGAUGACGUUGCGACCUGGGUUUUCAAAGUUGUCAGUAACGGAAGCAGUCCAGAUGAAACAAAAGAGCUGAAGAAGUGGAUUACUGAAGUUAAAAACUUGAGUAAUUACAACAACUCACUAGAGAGAGCAAAGUUCAUUGAAGAAAAGAUUUUGCGUGCGCAUUCCCGCGCCAGUUCCGUCAAUCUUUUAAAAUCUAGUGGUGAUGCAAAAGCCCCCGAGAAACACUUACAUACAACAGGGUCGAACACCAAGAGCAAACCCCAAUACAUCCAUCUCGGCGCCCAAGAUUUUGCUUACACGUCAAUGUCAAGAGCAAAGGUCAAUACCCCGGCCAUUGAUGAUAAUGGUAAUUUGAUUCUAGCAGGACAAAAUCGCCCUUCGUCAACCAAGAGCGUUUCCGAAUACUCUUCACCAGUGAUGUCGCCUAACAGAGCUGAACCUGCUAGUGGAAGCGAUGGGGGAACUACUCAAGGAGCCGGGGAGUCCACAUUGUCGCCCGUGAACCAGGGCUUCGCGAUUACCAGCAAAGGCAUGACAGCGAUCAGUCCGACACCUGUGUACUCGCCACAAAAUGCGAGAAUGCCUAACGUCGUACCAGCUGGCGCAAAUAGCGGAGCAAGCUCAGACGGGUCUGGAAAGCUACCUUUCAAUUCCCCUGGUAGCCAUGUAUCUGUAAGCAGUGGUGGAGGUUACUUUGCUAUUCCUGUAAGGCCAACGUCGCAAAGUUCUACUCCUGGAUUAGAUCCUAUGGCAGAACACAAGGCCAACGCGGGUCAAAACAAAGCCGCUAUUGUUCCUCGAGUUAGACUCAACGACCGUGAAUUCUCGAACGAAAGGUUGGAGGGCGUCGGUGAAAAACCUAGCGACCGGUCAGCUUCAGCCGCAAAGGUGGCAGAGACAGGUCCAAUAACAAGAGGUUCCCAGGUCCAUCUACGCAAGAAUGCUAGUGGUAUGAAUUUAGGCACUUCACUUGAAGAACCACCGCACAGUGUAUAUUCCAACGCCAAAUUGGGCAAUAGUUCCCAGAGUUUGGUGCAUGGAGGUGCGCAAAAUAUUCGAAAACACAAAAAGAACGUGUCGUUUGGUUCUUUGAACAGUCUUCUUUUCUCGAAAAAGGGUGCUGAUGUUAGUAACAACAACAUGACGGACUACUUCAUGUCCGGAAACCGAAUUGAGGAGAACGGGGACCCAGAUGCAAUAAACGUGAAUCAGUCCUUAUACCGCAACCGAACUCGAAGCCCCUAA